GAGCGGCGCCGCCCGCCCGCCCAAUGCCCGGCAGUGGGUGAAGAUGGCGGCCAGUGUCCGCGGCUGCUCCGCCAGGAGUCUCCGCAUCCGAGGGCGGAAUGACAGCGGCGAGGAGAACGUCCCGCUCGACCUGAGCCGGGACCCUGCAGACAACCUUCGCGAGAUCCUCCAAAAUGUGGCAAAACCCCAGGGAGUAUCUAACAUGCGAAAGCUCGGACACCUGAACAACUUUAUCAAAUUACUUUGUAAUAUUGGCCACUGUGAAGAGAAACUAGGUUUUACUUAUGAAGAAAUUAUUAUAUGUUUGCGAUUAGCAUUGUUAAAUGAAGCCAAAGAGGUGCGUGCAGCUGGUCUCCGUGCCCUCCGAUAUCUUACUCGAGACUCAAGUAUUCUCCAGAAGGUGCUGAAACUACGCGUGGAUUAUUUAAUAGCUAGAUGUAUAGACAUCCAACAGAGCAACGAGGUGGAGCGGACACAGGCACUUCGACUAGUUCGGAAGAUGAUCACUGUGAAUGCUGCACUGUUUCCCAACUCUAUCACAAACUCCCUGAUUGCUGUUGGAAAUGAUGGUCUCCAAGAACGUGAUCGCAUGGUCCGAGCUUGUUUGGCCAUCCUCUGUGAGCUAGCACUUCAAAAUCCUGAGGUGGUGGCCAUCCGUGGAGGUCUCAGUACCAUUCUGAAGAAUGUGAUCGACUGUCAAUUGAAUCGGAUAAACGAGGCGCUCAUCACCACCAUUCUUCAUCUGCUAAAUCACCCAAAGACACGGAAGUACAUUCGAAACGAUGUGGAACUAGAGCAAAUUCUAGCGCCAUACACGGAUUUUCACUACAGACAUAAUCCAGACACUGCAGAGGGACAACUCAAAGAGGACAGAGAAGCACGGUUAUUAGCCAGCAAAAUGGCAAUAGUAGCAGCCUUCCGAUCCUGGGCAGGAAUUAUAAAUUUGUGCCGGCCAGGAAACUCAGGCAUCCAUUCUUUGAUAGGAAUACUUUGUAUACCAAAUAUGGAAGUACGGCGUGGUCUGCUGGAGGUGCUGCACGAUAUCUUUCGACUACCUAUUCCUGUGGAUACGCAGGAUUUUUCUGAAGCUCUGCUAAGUGUAGAUCCCAGCCGAUUCCAGGAUUCCUGGCGUCUUUCGGACGGAUUUGUAGCAGCUGAAGCUAAAACCAUUCUCCCGCAUCGAGCCCGAUCCAGGCCUGACUUGAUGGACAACUAUUUGGCACUUGUGCUCUCUGCAUUUAUCAACAAUGGACUCCUGGAGAGCCUGGUUGAAGUGCUAACAAGCAGCAAUGAUGGUGUGUUUGUGUGUGCCACCAUCCUUCUGGGUGAGCUCCUGCACAUGGCAAAUAACAUCCUGCCUUAUGCGUACAGUCACCACUUACACUGUCUACCAACUCUCAUGAACAUGGCAGCUUCCUUCAAUAUCUCUCAGGAAAAGCGUCUGCGAGCCAGUGCAGCUGUGAAUUGCUUGAAGCGUUUUCACGAGAUGAAGAAGCGGGGCUCCAAACCUUACAGCCUGUAUCUGGAUCACAUUGCGCACAAGAGCGGUUCCAACAUCCAGAAGCGGGAUCAGCAUCUGCGUAUCCAAAAGGAUUUCUUCGUUCUGAAGGAUACGGAGGAGGCAAUGAUGGGGAACCUGCGUGACAGCGAUGUCCUGAAUAACAAGGACAAUCUGCGAUGGAACUGGAACCUCAUCUCAACUAUUCUUAAGUGGCCCAAUGUAAACCUGAGGAAUUACAAAGAUGAACAGUUACACAGGUUUGUGCGCCGACUGCUGUACUUUUACAAACCCAGUGGCAGGCUGUACGCGAACAUGGAGCUGGAUCAUGCCAUGGGAAAGCAGCUGACUAUAGUGGGCUGCCAGUUUAUCGAGUUUCUGCUUGAAUCCAGCGAGGAUGGUCAGAUUUAUCUGGAGGAGUUGGUGAAGGACAUUGUGCAGUGGCUCUCCUCGUCCUCUGGCCUUAAACCUGAACGAAGCCUGCAGAAUAAUGGUUUGCUCAACACCCUCAGCCAGCACUACUUUCUACUCAUCGGUACCCUGUCUGCUCACCCGCAUGGGGUCAAGAUGUUGGAGAAAUGCAGCAUGUUUCAAUGUUUGCUCAGCCUCUGUUCUCUGAAGAACUACGACCACGUGCUAAAGCUAACAGUCUCCACUCUAGACUACAGCCGCGACGGCUUGUCCAGGGUUAUCCUGUCCAAAAUCCUUACGUCAGCCACAGAUAACUGCAGGCUGUACGCGACCAAGCACUUGCGCGUUCUACUGCGGGCCAACGUGGAGUUCUUCAGCAACUGGGGCAUGGAGUUACUGGUGACGCAGCUGCACGAUAAAAAUAAAGCCAUCUCUUUAGAGGCCCUGGAAAUCCUGGAUGAGGCAUGUGAGGACAAGGCUAACCUGCAUGCACUGAUCCAGUUGAAACCAGCUUUAACCCACCUUGGAGACAAAGGUUUGCUGCUACUCCUUCGAUUUUUAUCAAUUCCUAAGGGAUUCUCCUACCUGAACGAAAGAGGUUAUGUUACCAAGCAGUUGGAAAAAUGGCAACAGGAAUACAACUUGAAGUAUGUGGAUCUGAUUGAAGAAAAGCUAAAUGAGGCACUCACUACAUAUCGCAAACCCGCUGACGGAGAGAACUAUGUGCGUCGCAGUAACCAGAGGUUACAACGGCUGUAUGUUUACCUGCCCAUUCAUCUAUAUAGCCAGCUGGUGCAUCAUAAAACUGGCUGCCAUUUACUGGAGACACAGAGCAUUGUUCCAGACUUGAGUUACGUGGUGCGUUCACCAGCCCUGGACAAGUGGGAUGGUGUGAAGCAGCUGAAAGCAGCACUCUGGGCCCUGGGAAACAUUGGCUCAUCUAACUGGGGCCUGAACCUUCUCCAAGAAGAGAAUGUGAUCCCAGAUAUCAUCGUCCUGGCCCAGACAUGUGAGACCCUCUCCGUCAGAGGGACGUGUUUGUAUGUGCUAGGCCUCUUAGCAAAGACAAAGCAGGGCUGUGACAUCCUGAAGCAGCACAACUGGGAUGCGGUCAGGCACAGCCGCAGGCAGCCUUGGCCCGUGGCCCCUGACGACAUGGAGCAACUGUACAGCGAGCUCUCCUCGGUCCCCAGUACCCUGAGCCUCAGCUCCGAGUCCACCGGCUCCAGGCACAACAGCGACAGUGAGUCUCUGCCCCAGAGCAUGUUUAUCAUGGAAGAUGACCGCUAUGGGAGCAGCACGACGAGCACUUUCUUCCUUGAUAUCACUGAAGAGGGAGACCCGUCUUUGCUACUGAAGCCCAAGUCAAUGAAGGAAAAGGAGCGAAGCCCUCUCAGCAUCCUCAGCUCGUCCAAAUUUGUCACCCGCCGCUUCUUCAACAAUUUGACCUCUCUGCCCAGCAAGAAACUGCGCAGCAGCAGCGAGUCGAAGUCGGCCAAAGUGGCAGUGGAGAGGAAGCAUGUACACCAGCGCAUCCGGGCGGUGACGGAGCCGGCCAACAGCACCGAGUACCUGCAGAGCGAGGUCUUCACCAGCAUCUUCAACGGCACCCGGAUGCACAAGAGCCACACCUUGAGCCUGGAGACCUCCUUCGUUGGCAACCGGGAUCACGGAAACGGCGGCAGCUCGCACAGCAUCUCGGAGACGGAGCUGAAACGCCCCAAGACACUGCUGGUGGACAACCACAGGGAGCAGAUUGUCAAGGAUAGGUCGAUGGGGGACGGCACCGCCGGCCCGCAGUUCAAAAGCCGCAGCCAGAGCUUCAACACGGACACCACAACCAGCGGCAUCAGCUCCAUGAGCUCGGUCAGCUCCAGUCCUUCCAGUGAGACGGUCCGUCUCGACCUGGCCAACGCCGACACCGACUGUGGCAGCCUCAACACCAUCGUCAGUUCACGCACGUUGAAGACCAACGUGUCCCCCACCCCUCGCUCCAACCAUCUACCUCUGUCCAAGUCCAACUCCGUCUCGCUGGUACCCCCCGGAUCCUCUCACACUCUCCCGCGGCGGGCCCAGUCGCUCAAAGCACCUUCUGUCACCACCAUCAAGAGCCUGACCGACUAUAGCUUCAGCUACACCAGUCCGCGCGAUGCCUUUGGCUACGCCACCCUGAAGCGGCUGCAGCAGCAGAGGAUGCACUCGUCACUGUCGCACUCCGAGGCCCUCGCAUCGCCCGCAAAGGACGUGCUCUUCACAGACACCAUCACCAUGAAGACAGGCAGCCUGGACUCCAGACUGACACCCAGAAGAUUCAUCAAAGCAUUGAGCUUUGCCUCGCUGGACAAAGAGGAUUUACUCAGUCCGAUUAAUCACACCACCCUUCAGCGUUCCUCCUCUGUGCGCUCCAUGGUCUCCAACGCCACCUACGGCAGCAACGACGAUUACAUUGGCCUUGCACUGCCGAGCGACAUCAAUGAGCUGUUCCAGGUGAAGGACAUCCCUUACUUUCAGCAGAAGUGCAGCCCACCUGAAGAUGACUACUCAAUGCAAGGACCAGAAUCAAAAGAUGACCAAGUAUCGUCCCCUUGUUCUCGAAGCCCCUUCCAAGAGCUGCGGUCUCAGAUCAGCUUCACGGAGGCAAUGCUGAAAGCCUCAGAAGAUGCUCCUUCAGGUGACGCCACAGAGGAGACUGGCUUGCAGGAGCACACGGAUGAUAGCUGCCUCUACUGUGUAUGCCUGAAGAUACUGGGCUGCCAGCCCAGCAGCCAAUGCGCCUCCACUUUAAACCGUGCAGAUUUGCCGGACGUUCUCUACUCUGACUGCUGUCUGCCCACCAUCCCGAUCCACACCCACCUGGAAGUCACGCCUCGAUCCUCGAAGAUCUCUGGCAUCUCCGGGUGCAGCGAUGCUGUGUCACAAGGGUCUGCCAGCAGUACCAAGAGUGUCGAUAUACUAAUAACAGGGAAAGCGGUGAUGGACAACAAGCCUGCCUGCCGGGUGCUGCUGCGCAAAGAGGUGCUGCGGCUGGUCAUAAAUCUGAGCAGCUCUGUCGGGACAAAGGGCCACGAAACGGGGCUCCUGACGAUAAAGGAGAAGUUUCCUCAUGCUUUUGAUGACAUCUGUCUCUACUCUGAGGUCUCUCACUUGCUGGCAAACUGCACCUUCAGACUGCCGUCCCGCAGGUUUAUCCAAGAACUCUUCCAAGAUGUUCAAUUCCAGCCACUAUACGAGGAAGCGGACACUACCCUUGUAUUACCGAAGCCCGUGGACGUUGAACUGAUGCUCGAGUCCUGACCAAGCCCAAACGGAAACAUUUCCACAUUGCCAGAUCCACGGCCAACUUCAGCCCCCAUUUGCUGACACCAACACACCUGCCACUUGCGUCGACUCCGCACUCGAUUCUGGUCCAGAGCCUGGCUCCUUAUUUAUUGCCCUUCCCUCUGUCCUGAACGCGAAGGUAUUCUUAACACUACUGGCGGUAUGAAGACAAUUGGGACGCAGCCCUCGGUUCUCGCUGGUCUGGCUUACUGGAUGGAUCUGCUCAACACCAUUGUACAGACAACACCCACCCAUCGCAAACCCUUCCACUCCACCGCAACUGCCCUGGGUUGUUUCAAGUCUGUGUUACUGUCUGAUGGGCACCACAAGGAGAAACGACUACAGUUUGUUGCAAUAAUGUUUGAAAUAUUCUGGUGGAGACUGGCGCUGCUGGGGACCUUUCAUGGCGGACUGUAGCCGUGGGCCCAAGUAGUUGGGGCAUAACUUGCCCCUCACCCUGCCUCUAUCCAGAUGACCAACCGUUCUAUUGUCAAGGGCUCUCUGGGGGGGGGGGGCACUUUCACCCUGGAACUACCAAAUCUCCCUGUAGAUUGACGCAAAAAGCUGGAGUAUCUCAGCGGGGCAGGUCGUAGAGGAGUAGGUGACGUUUCGGGUCGAGACCCUUCUUCAGAAGGGCCCCUGUGUUCCACACAUGGCCUGUCCACCACUGCUGCUUUAGAGGAGUGGGUGGUAGCUGCCCCUCCCCAGACUAUGAACACCCCCACCUCCUCUCCCACAACCAUUAUACAUAGGGAACCCCCACCCCCAGUCACGUAGCUACCCAUCCCCUGGGUACAUAGGAAACUCUCCACCCAGCAGUUCAGAGGAUGUUUGGAACUCCAGCAACUAGGAUACAUAGGACACUGAUCCCUGGUAUCUCCACCACCGGCUGCUCUCCAUCACUGCCUGCCCACUCCCCAACCCGUCAGGCAGCUUUGUGCACUGGGCAUUUCAGCCAACGUGGGUGGCAAUUCCACAGUGUGGGUGGGUUCUGGCCAGGGGGGUUGUAACGACCCCCCAGUGGUGAUGUGAAAACUGGGAGGCACCAUGUGAAAGAAAAUGACAUCGAAUAUUUUGGCUUCCAAAAUAGCUGAGCGUCCAGAUGAAGAGGCAAGUCUGGCUGCCGUUUCUCGUUGUGUCCUGGCUUUGAGAUGUGUGGUAGCGAUCCAUAUACUGUUCGGUGCUGAGCCCCAUUGCACAACUUUGAGGAGGUUGUUAUAGUGAGGUCUUGAGCAGAUUAUUGUUGAACAGUGUGCCUCAGGCAAGAGGUGCGAGUGGGCUCUGGACACCAGACAGAAACAUGAUCAGUGUCGAUAGGAUGCUGAGUUGCUGGAGGCUCUCAGCUCACCCAUUACUGCAGCUCGAUGGUGUGUGCGUGUGCAGAAUUUAAUUUUGAAUUAAGAUUGAAGAUCCUUUCACAGCACUGGUCGGCGAUUUUUUUACGAAAUUAAAUCUGACCAGCAGAUGCUGGAAUCUUCAGCAAAAUACAAAGUGCUGGAGGAGCUCAGCGGGUCAGGUAGCGUCUGUGGAGGGAAAUGGACAGGCAGUGUUUUCCGGUCGUGGUCCUUCAGAUUGGAAACUGUCCAUUUUCCUUCACAGAUGCUGCCCGCCCACUGAGUUCCUCCAGCACUUUGUGUUUUUCUGAUCAGCAGUGAAUUUGGAACAGAGGAGUGUUUGGCAGCUGGACACGUUCUUCUCCAUUAUCUGAAUGAUAAUUCUUCUUCUUGGCACUCACCUGGAGAGGGUGGGAAGGGAGAAUUGCAAGCGGAUCAGAGUUCCGGUGUCGGCAGAAGCAAAGAACUGCAGAUGCUGCUUUAUACCAAAGAUAAGACACAAAGUGCUGGAGUAACUCAGCGGGUCAGGCAGCAUCUCUGGAUGAAAAGGAUGGGUGACGUUUCAGGUUGCGACCAUUCGUCACGGGAUUCAGAGCUGUGUGAAGAAGGGCUCUGACCCGGAACAUCACCUAUCUAUCCUCGUUUCCCCAUAGAUGCUGCCUGACCAGCUGAGUUACUCCAGCACUUUGUGACUAUCUAUUUCUGGUGUUGCUAGUUGGAAGCUGGAAAUCUCUGGGUUGUGUGCCUUGAUCUUGAGUGGGUGGAUUGCAGAGAGCAGCUGAGAUGUCACCCCCAGAGAGCAUGGUGACUCCCAAGGGAUGGGUCUAGAAUAAGGUGCUAUACUUCAUUGACCUGAUCCAUUCUGCCCAGGAUCCAGGAUGUAGGAAGAAGCUGCUGAUGGAAUUGCUGUAACAUAAACACACGGUGUUGGAGGCUCCUCCAUCUCUCCCCAGCUCACAGGUACCGUUCCGCCUGAUUGUCCCCACAGCAGUCUGCCCUGCAAUGGGCGGUGCACUGUAACGAACACUAAUCAAGUUGGCCAGUUGAAAUGGCGGUGACCAUCACCGUCAAUGCUUUCAAGAGAUGUCAGCAAUUCACUAUUAACUUUACGACUUUAUCAUUGCCAUUUUCUGCAGGAACCCCCUCUCCCCUCCCGUCUUGUGGUCUCUGUGUACAUUUGUUCCUCCUGCUCGGUCUGAAUCCCCCUGCUCUGUGUUUCUCGUGGUGCGUCACUCUUUCCAUCUCCACACACUUGGGAGUGAGAUUGAAACGAAUCAAUGCUUGGAUAGCAAGUCUGAUGUUACUUCAUCCAGCAAACGUGUUUGUUGUUUGAAGGGGAAGGAAUAAUUUAAUGGAAGUCAAUGGCCAAGUACGAGGGAAAGAGAGAGAGCGCAUUGUAGGUGGACAUUGCAGCCAUCAUUGUGAAUGUGUUUGGUUUUAUUUCUAUGUGAUAAGCUGCUACAUUAUUGGAAUGUUCUGCUGUUCAAAGAUCACGGAACAUAUACCUGAUUUGUAUGUAUACCUGUAACAUAGUCUGAUUAAAAUAAGAAAUUAUUUAUAUAUUUUCCAUAAGAGAAUAUUUCAUAAAGCUGUGUAUAAUUUAAAUAAAGCAGAGUGGCUUUGGAGAGUAAUGUUUUUGUGUUGCCACAUUGUGGUUUCUUUGUAUAGUGUGUACAGUCUGUUUCUGGGCAUUUACCCUCUGAUCAUAAACUUAUCAAAGGGGUGCAUUGUUAAUUAACAAUAAAAACAAAUGUAUCAAAG